AUUUUAUUCAUUCAUACAAAUAUAUAUAUAUAUAUAAAAGCAUAUAUACACAAUGUCUUCAAUUGAAAAUAACAAGGAAAAACUUAUUAUAUUUGAUACAAGUCUUCGUGAUGGUGAACAAUCACCUGGUGUUACUUUAAAUACUGAAGAAAAAAUUGAAAUUGCAAAACAAAUGUCUCGUCUUGGUGUAGAUGUUUUGGAAGCUGGUUUCCCCAUUGCCUCUAUUGGUGACUUUGAAGCUGUACAAAGAAUUGCAAGAGAAGCUGGUCCUUUGAUGGAAGGGCGCGAAAAAAUCGGACAACCAAUGACUAUUUGUGGACUUGCUCGAUCAACACCAGCUGAUAUUCAACGAUGUGCUGAAGCUAUUAAAGAUGCACCACGAAGAAGAAUUCAUUGUUUUUUGGCUACUUCAGAUCUUCAUCUCAAAUACAAAUUAAAGAUUGAUCGUGAUGAAUGUGUUAAAAGGGCUGUGGCUGCUGUUACUUUGGCAAAAUCCUUGGUGGAUGAUGUGGAAUUCUCUCCCGAAGAUGCUGGUAGAUCAGAUCGUGAAUUUUUAUGUCAUGUUCUAGGAAAAGUGAUCGAAGCUGGUGCAACUACUCUCAAUAUUCCUGAUACUGUAGGUUAUAAUCUACCUUCUGAAUAUGGUUCUUUGAUCAAGCAUCUAAAAGAAAAUGUACCUGGAGCAGAAAAAGUGAUCUUCUCUACUCAUUGUCAUAAUGAUCUUGGUUUGGCAACAGCAAAUACAUUGGCUGGUAUUCAAAAUGGUGCACGACAAGUAGAAGUAACUAUCAAUGGCAUUGGUGAACGCGCAGGCAAUACUGCAAUGGAAGAAGUGGUUAUGGCUGUACAUACUCAUCCUACUCUUUUCCCUGUUUAUCAUACAAUCAAUACUCCUCUCUUUUUCCCUACUUCUCGUAUGGUAUCCGAAUUAUCUGGUAUGGUGGUUCAACCCAAUAAGGCUAUUGUUGGUAGAAAUGCUUUCUUACAUGAAUCUGGUAUCCAUCAAGAUGGUGUACUCAAGAAUCGUCAAACAUAUGAAAUUAUCACUCCUGAAAGUGUUGGUGUUACUGAUAUUGCUUUGGUAUUAGGAAAACAUUCUGGUCGAAAUGCUCUUCGUAGUCGUGGUGCUGAAAUGGGAUUCAAUUUGGAUGAAACUGCUUUUCAACGAGUAUUUGAAGAUUUCAAGACUCUUUGUGAUCAAAAGAAGAACGUGUCCGACGAUGAAAUUCGUGCUAUCUUUACCAAAUCUCAACCUAUCAUUCAUUUGUAAAUCAUCCCCCCUUUCUAUUUUGUUUCCUUUCUCCAUUACUUUUCUCCCUUUUUUAGUAUAGAUAUACAUAAUAUAUAUAUAUUCUUUUUGGAUAGAAUUGGACAAGUGAUUGAUUGAAUUGAACAUAUAACACACUUUACAUGAUCAUCCUUUCUUUUUUUUUUAUUAAUUUAUUGAAAUUCUCUAUUUGCUAUGUUGUACAUAUUUACCAAUAAAC